AUUUAAGUGACUUUCUAGCAUGGACACUGUUGCUAGCCAUAGUUGUCAUCUUCUCCAGCAGCUACAUGAACAGCGCAUUCAGGGUCUUCUCUGUGACUGCAUGCUGGUGGUAAAAGGUGUCUGCUUCAAAGCACACAAAAACGUGUUAGCUGCUUUCAGUCAAUAUUUCAGGACCCUUUUCCAGAAUUCUACAGGCCAGAAGAACGACGUCUUUCACUUGGACAUUAAAAAUGUAGGUGGGAUAGGCCAGAUCUUGGACUUCAUGUACACUUCUCACCUGGAUCUUAGCCAGGACAAUGUGCAAGCUAUGUUAGAUAUUGCUCAGUGUCUCCAAGUGCAAAAUGUGCUGAACAUUUGCCACACCUUUUUAAAAUCUUCUACAGCUAUAGAGCCAACAGCCAGCAUGCCUUGUAAUAGCGUCUUUUCGCUGCAGAGUACUUUGACUGCAGAUACCAGCUGUGCCAAUGACAGUUAUGGAACAAACCUACUGCAUGAAUGCUCAUCUGACACACAAGCUAAUAAAGUCUUGGCUGACCACCCUUCUCACGCAUCGCAGCCUGUUAAUCUUCACGCGCCCUCAGGUGAUGUACAGAAACAGCCACAAGACUCCUUAGAUGGCAGCUGCACAGAACUUCCAUUUAAACAACCAAAUUACUAUUAUAAACUACGCAACUUUUACAGUAAACAGUUCUAUAAGCAAAAUGCUUGCUCUAAUCCUGAGAGAGGAGCAGAACAAUCCUUUUCUUACAAUGCACCUACAGAAAUAAGUGCAGUAGAGAAUAAUUCCUGUCCUGUCAGUCACCCUGAGUGUAUUCUGGAAACCUCUGAUCAUUUACCCUCAAACUUCCUGGUUCAGUCCUUGAAUGAAUCUGCGCCAGACCAAGAUGCAGAAAGCACGCUUAUGCAACCCACCAAACAGAUGCGGUUGAAAAAGGCAAUACACCUCAAAAAGUUAAAUUUUCUAAGAUCUCAGAAGCCUGCAGAGCAGCCACCUGAGCCUAAAAGAGAUGACAGUAGAAUAACGGGAGUAAUUGAAUCUGUAAAUGAAAGUACCAUGGACAUGACAAACAGAGUUACUGAAGAAAAAGAAGCUGAAGAUCUAGUGAAUUCUGAGAAUUUUGAACAACCUGUUGAAAUUGAAAGAUCUCAGGGUGCUUUGGAACAAGAAGGGCAGUCACAGACUCUUCAGUCGCAGAGGCAAUAUACCUGUGAAUUAUGUGGGAAGGCAUUCAAACAUCCGAGCAAUUUGGAGCUCCAUAAAAGGUCUCAUACAG